GACGGGCAGAACCCCAUUUCUCUCCCUUCGCCAGCGCUCGCACUCUGUUUUUCUCCAAACAGAAUUUUCCGAUGGACGUCGACCCCGACGACGUUUUCAGAGACGAUGAUGAAGAUCCUGAGAACGAUUUUUACCUGCAAAAGGAGGCCACCAAAGAAUUUGCUGUGUAUUUGGUUGAUGCUUCUCCUAAGAUGUUCAGCACUACCACUCCUGGGGAGGAUCAAAAGGAUGAAACUCAUUUCCACAUUGCCAUCAGUUGUAUUGCACAGUCCUUGAAGACUCAAAUUAUAAGUAGAUCAUAUGAUGAAGUUGCAAUCUGCUUCUUUAACACUAGGGAAAAGAAGAAUUUACAGGAUUUAAAUGGUGUCUUUGUUUUUAAUGUUGCUGAGAGGGAGCACCUAGAUAGGCCAACAGCAAGGCUUUUAAAAGAAUUUGAUCACAUAGAGGAAUCUUUUAUGAAAGAAAUUGGAAGUCAGUAUGGCAUUGUGUCUGGUUCUCGAGAGAAUUCCCUUUAUAAUGCUAUAUGGGUAGCCCAAGCUCUUCUACGUAAAGGGUCUGCUAAGACAGCUGAUAAACGAAUACUUCUCUUUACGAAUGAAGAUGAUCCUUUUGGGUGUCUUACUGGUGCAGCAAAAGCAGAUAUGACAAGAACUACUUUGCAGAGAGCUAAAGAUGCACAGGAUCUUGGCAUUUCAAUUGAGCUACUCCCCUUGAGUUGUUCCAAAGGGGUGUUCAAUGUUUCUCUAUUCUAUGCUGAUUUGAUUGGACUAGAAGGUGAUGAUAUUGCUCAAUUCAUGCCGUUAGCAGAUCAAAGAUUGGAAGAUAUGAAAGAUCAACUAAGGAAGCGUAUGUUUACAAAGAGGAUAAUUAAGAGGAUCACAUUUUCAAUUGCCAAUGGAUUGUCGAUUGAGCUGAAUACAUAUGCUUUAAUUCGACCAACAGUUCCAGGGUCAAUUACCUGGCUUGAUUCUCUCACCAAUCUUCCUUUAAAGAUUGAAAGAUCUUUUAUCUGUGAGGAUACGGGUGCAUUGAUUCAGGGACCUCCUGAACGUUUUCAUCCCUAUAAAAAUGAUAAUAUUAAGUUCUCAAUGGAUGAACUAUCUGAAAUAAAAAGAAUCUCAAGUGGGCAACUGCAACUUCUUGGGUUCAAGCCAUUAAGUUGCUUAAAAGAUUAUCACAACUUGAGGCCAUCAACAUUUGUUUAUCCUAGUGACAAGGAAGUGGUUGGAAGCACCCGCAUUUUUAUUGCCUUGCAUAGAUCCAUGAUGAAGCUUAAGCGUUUUGCUGUUGCAUUCUAUGGCAGCUUAUCUCAUCCUCAAUUGGUCGCUCUAGUUGCACAAGAUGAGAUUAUUAAUGCUGGCGGUCAGGUUGAGCCACCAGGAAUGCAUAUGAUAUACCUUCCGUAUUCUGAUGACAUCAGAGAUACUGAAGAGUUUGAUUUAGAUACAACUGGUGUUGUACCUCGAGCAAACGAUGAUCAAAUUAAAAAGGCUGCAGCCUUAAUGAAACGUAUUGAUUUGAAAGGCUUCUCAGUGUGCCAAUUUUCUAAUCCUUCUUUGCAGAAGCACUAUGCAGUAUUGCAGGCCCUGGCACUAGAAGAAGAUGAGAUUCCAGAAACCAUAGAUGAGACACUGCCUGAUGAGGAAGGUCUGGCUAGACCAGGAGUUGUUAGAGCAGUUGAAGAAUUCAAGCUUUCUGUCUAUGGGGACAACUAUGAUGAGGAAAGUGAUGUCUUGGGUGAUGGAAAAGCACGUGAGGCCGCAAGAAAACGUAAAGCAGUCACAGAAAAUGAUGCAAAGGAGUCUGCAAAUUAUGACUGGGCUGACCUUGCAGAAAAAGGACAGCUGAAGGAUUUAACCGUAGAGAAGUUGAAGUACUACCUGACAGCGCACAACCUUCCUGUUUCUGGGAAGAAGGAAGCUUUGAUCAGCCGAAUAUUAACUCACAUGGGGAAGUAGAGGCUUGCUAAAAGUUGUCUUGUAUGAGAGGUACAUUAUAGCGUCUCACCAUGAAUGCGGCAUUGCAUCGCUUUUGGUUUUCUUGUAGUACUAGUACCCUUUGUAAUGCAAAAAUCAUGGUGUGGCUUUACAUGAUGCAACUCAUAUGCAGUACUUUUUAGAGGUAAGAUAAGUUGGACUUCAUUUAUAUCCUGUUCAAGGACUGGCAGUCUGUAUCAGUGAAUGAAUCUGAAAAGUUUUCAAAUCAUUAUAAAUCGUGUUUUGGAGU